ACUAACUUGAAAGCAUUUGACGGUUGCUUCCACCGGAAGUACGUCACCGACUAUCCUACUAGUCUGAUUGGUUGCCGCUUUUCUUGAACUGUUAGCCUUGAUGUUAGCUGCUUCCCUGUGAUUUUUUUUUAAUCAAACUUAAAGAUUGUACACGUAUAUAUUUCCGAUUCAUUCUUACUUUGAGAGACGUCUUUAGUCAUAGAGGGACGUUUUACAAUAGACAACCGCGAUGGAGAUUACCGUUUCUCUACAGUCAAAGCUUUCCACCAUCAUGGAGACAAUGGUCAUGCCCGCCUUGGCUGAGCUAUGCAAGGCGGUGGGUGAAGACGCGACCGAGCUUCGUUUGGAACUGGCCCGGCUUCGGACUCUUAACACGGCCCUGGCCGAGAAGGUCGACAAGCUGGAGAGUGGGCUGACUGGUGCCGGAAGUGUCGCUCCCAGGUCGAAGAGAACCUGCGCUGUGGCCGUUCAAACUGACCACAAAGUGGACGGCGAUGCACACGGUACAAACUGAUUGCUUUCACACUGAAUAUCAGGGUUUUUUCGGAAAUGGCAGUCAGUGAACUCCCCAUUAGAGAAUACACUAAGUCCUCAGCUUACGAACAAAGCCGACUGGUCUAUAUUUUAUUUUAUUUUGCCUUCUAGUCGCCCCAUGAGUAUUUAUACUGCUACAUGCUUGACCAGUAGAGGGCACUGUGACACUGCUAAUGGGACCAACAGAGAGGCAGGCGGUGGGGAGAGAGUGUAAAGGAGAAAUGGAAAGCUAAAUUGUAGCUUUAGAUACAACCCGGACAGAGCGUGUGAUUAAAGUUUAUGAAGAGUUAAUAGGCCCGUUUAAUUCUACACCACCCACAGAACACUACCUCUUUUAGAAGAGUCUAACGACGACGACGAUUUUUCCUUUUUUUUUUUUUUUUUUCCAAUCUCCUCCACCACCACCACAACGACGUAUGCUGACCACUCCUCUUCAAAGGUAAAUAACAUUUAUCAUUACGUAUUAUAUCAUUUUCAUUAUUGUUUUUUUCAUUAAUUAUCCUCGUUUAAUAUUACUACUGCAUCCAAACUCAUAUUUACAUACAUACGCAUAUACUGUAUAUGUAUACACGUACAUGUAGUACCUAUAUCAUUGGUAAUAUUACCUUUUCCCCGACUUAAGAACAAUUCGACUUAAGAACGGUCGCCUGAAACCAAUUGUGUUCGUUAGUUGGGGACUUAGUGUCUAAUACGAUUGGGGCCUGUUCUAUUCUAUGAAAACACUCCUAUUUUUCUAGUUUACUUUAUCACCAUAUGAACUAAACUAUGACUUCUGUUUGAAAGUAAUGUUUUCUUUGUUUUGCUCAAGCUGCAGUGCCUCCCCAGAAAUCCUCUGAAGUUUCUCCACACCUAAAGAAAACUAAUUGUACACUACAGUACUCACAAAAAGUUAGGGAUAUUUUGGGGUGAAAUUUCAGAAUGAACCUGCAAUGUAGUACAGUGGAUCUCCACAAAAUCGCAAAUUUAAUAAAUGAAAAAAAAAAAAAUGUUAAAUACCAAUUCUAACGGAACCAGGAAAUGUCUUGCUCAAUUCAUUGGUCAAAUUAGGCUCACAUGUAAAGGUUGUAAUUAGGGCUGUCAGUCAAUUAAAACAUCUAAUCGUGAUUAAUUACAAUUUGUCCAUAGUUAUAAUUAAUCACAACUAGAAAGAAGUUUUUAUCUAUAAUAAGUAUGGAUGUAAAUCAAGGUACUCACUGAUGUAGGCCAAAGUUCUUCGCAUUCGAAAAAUAUUUUUAAAAGGGGUUAGUGAAGCAGCUCUGAUGAUUUGAAACUACUUUUUAAAAUUUACCAGACACAUUAGGAAUUUGCACAUAGUAUUGCAUCGGUAUCACCGAUUUAUUUGUUUAUUUAUUUAAGUAGGUUAUAAAAACACAUAAAGAUAAAGUGCAGUCACAUAAUCAGCAGUCAGAUAGGAUGUACUAUGCAUGUGCUAUUUUGUACAGAAAAAGGUGCUGUUGAGAAUCCUACCACGUCAGCUAAGAUGCAAUUCUCAUCUGUUGUCAUCACACACAUAUCACCAAAGAAUGCGAGGGUUAAGAUAUCUUGGGCUAUCGUGGCGGCGAUGGUCUGAGGAAAACAAUUACAAAAAGGCAGAGCGGACUAGUGAUCAAGGCCGACUCUCUCCUUCUGAUCAGGAAGCCGCAGGAGGACAUGAGGUGAGACAGUUGGCACGAAUAUCCGAAGAAUGUGGAAAUUAUUCUGUCUGAAUUCUUGUUAAUACAUUUUGUAAAUCGUCAAUCGGAGUGUGAGUCUUCUUUCUUUCUCUAAAUUGCACAUUAACGAACACGUAAAGGGAGGUCAAAUUUGUUUAAUUUUCUAAAGUGGUCCUUGGGCCUUAUUGACUUCCAAUUUGUAGUGCAAUAAUACAUAAUAAAUAAUAAUAAUCUAUGAUAAGAUAAUAAGUCCCGUCCUGUGUGUGUUUUUAUCACUCCUCCUCUGUUGUGUUGAAAAGCCGCAUGGCGUGGGGGAGGAACGAUCUGCUCAGUCUUUCGGUUGAGAAGGACGGUGAUAGUAGACUGCCACUGAAACUGCUCUUCUGUUGGGAGAUGAUACUGUGCAUUGGAUGAUGCUGGUUGCCCAUUAUGCCUCCUCAGUGUCUUUUGCUCUGGCGCAGAUGCCAGGCUGUCCAGCUCAGUGCCAAUGACAGAGCCUGCCUUCCUCACCAGUUUGUAACUACAACUUUGUAACUAGUAACACGUAACCCAAAUUUUAGCUCGCAGUUCGAAGCAAAAAAAUCGGUAUCGAACUUACUAAAUUAAAAUUGUCCAGUGAGCACACCGUAUGAAUUAAUGUGGCUUUUCCACAGCGUCUGAACUUCCAAAUCCAGAUGGAGACGGGAAAGAGGAAUGGUGUCUUCGCCUGUGGAAAGAAAGAUACCAUUGUAGUGAGAAGGAAGACAAUUCCACAUCUCAGCAAGGAAGAAAGGCUGUGAUGUCCAAAAUUGCUGUGGUUGAGGUCAAAAGGGAAACUCAUGUGGAGGACAUUGUCAACAGUCAAAAAGAACGCCAAGAACAAACUGAAGUCAAUGUGAGCAUGGAGGUGGAUAAGUCACCACUAAAGAGCUUUGCUCCUCAGUUCGACGGUUCAGCAGAUUUCUAUGUCGAGAUGGAGAACAAUUCCAACAAGAAAAACGAUUCCGGCACAAACCAAAAAUUCACCUGUGACAAAUGUGACGCAGUGUUUUUUAACAAGGGCACACUAACGCUUCACCAAAAACAGCACAUCAUCAACACCACCUUUUGCUUCAAAUGCAGGAAGCAAUUCCUGCACUCGACCAAUCUUGAGUCUCACGUAUGCCAACCUCAAGCCUCUUCUGUUGACUUCACAAGAACCUGCGAGGUGUGUGGAAAGACAUUCACCUGCCCCUCUGGUUUAGAGUUGCACAAAGUGGUUCACACUGGGGAAAGGCCUUAUUUGUGUUCCUUUUGUGGGAAAGGAUUCACGCAAAAGGGCAAUUUGAAAGGUCACAUGCGAAUCCAUACUGGCAAGAGACCAUUCCGCUGUACUCAAUGUGAAAUGUCAUUCAUGCACAACGUUCAACUUAAACAGCACUCAUUGUUGCGUCAUGGCAAACGUUAAACAGUCCAAUGCAGGGAGGUCUUGUCUUUGUUUUUUUUAAUAACAACUUACAAUUAGACAUUUAAUGUAAAAUUUGCACUUUUUCUUUGAUGUGUUGGAAAUAACUGCUUUAGUGUACUUUUUAUAGUCCUGAAAUCUCAUUUGGUUUGAUUAAAUAAAGAUUUCGUUUUGAAAUUUAAAAAUGUCUUAUUUCUUUUUUUUUUACUAUCGUUUACUUGAACUUACUAUAGAGCGUUAUCAAGCGCUUAAUAACAGGAAGUUAUAAGAUAAACAGGAAGUGUUAAGCAAAUGUUUGCAAUUUGAUUGGUUCAACUACCGGAAGUAUGUCAGUUUCUACAUUCGCUAGGCUAACGUUGAAGGCUUGGUAGUUUCAUUAGCCGCACAGGUUUUCUGUUGAUUUUGAUACUUGAUGUAAGUAGUCAAAUUUCCCAUUUCUUAUGUUUCGAUAUACGCAUAAUUUGGCGGAGAAAUCAGUGCUAGAGUCGAUACGCACAAUGGCGCUUAGUGUUUCCCUACAGUCAAAGCUCUCCUCCAUAAUGGAGGCGAUGGCCACAUCCGCCCUGGCUCAGCUGUGCAAGGCGGUGGAUGAUGACACGGUGGGGCUCCGCUUGGAGUUGUCACGGCUCCAGACUCUUAACUCGGCCCUGACGGAGAAGGUUGACGAGCUGGAGUGCGAACUGACGGCCGCCAAAGGUGACGCCCCCAAGCUGGGUAAAAGUCACCGAACGGUCGCCAUCCAGACAGCUGCCUACAUGGACGUCGAGUCUGAGGCCCCUGUCAUAGAGGGAGUCUUUGGAAAAGACUGGUGCCUUAACUUGUGGAAAGACAGAUUUCAUGGCAGUCAAAGGAGAAACACCACAACAUCUCAGCAAGUGGACGAUGAUAUGGAAAUGUCCAUGCCUUUGGACUAUUUUUCUUCAAGCGACUCGACGGAGCUUGAGAAAGGCGCAGAGUUUUGGAGUUUUGAGUCUCUUUCAGAGGCUGUUGAACGCUGGCAAAAGUCAAAUUUGGUGGAGCUCUAUAAGCGUAGUUCUAGGAGCGUGGAGAAUGCCACAAAGCGGGCGAGGAAGAAAUCGUACAGCCGGGAUUUAGUCUUCGCUGAGCUGGACUUUGCAUGCACUCACGGCAGCAGAGGCCCUGCCUUAAAACGGUGUCCAUUCACCAUCAAAGUCCGAGUUACACCUGAUGGAAGGAAGCUGUUCGUAAAGGACAUUAGUAGUGUGGAUUGCCACAACCACGAUGUAUCCCAAGCUUUGAUGCCAGAGUCUGAACAAAUGGACGUGAUUCAAGUCAAAGUCGAAGAUUAUUUGGAGGACGCAGCCGACAGCUUCCAACAGGAAACGCUUGGUCAAGAAGCACACAACAGCACACCGUGGACUAUUCGCGAGGUGCAGACCUUCCUCGGCAUCCUUGCCGAAGACGAGGUGCAGCGGGAUCUCGUGGGCGCGGUGCGCAACAGGAAAGUCUUCCAGCUGGUCUCGCAAAGGAUGGCCGCCGAGGGGUUCCACCGGACGUGCGGGCAGUGCCAGAUGAAAUGCAAGAAGCUGCGGUGUGAAUACAGAAAGAUCAAAGAGCAGAACAGGCAAAAGGCGUGGAGGUGGUUCGAUCUAGUGGACGCCAUAUAUGGCCGCAGGCCGGCCAUCGAGAGGACGGCGGGACACAUGCGUAGCGCCACUUCUCUGCUGGAGGCCAUGAUGGAAUCUGUCGUUGAAAACCUGGACUCCCCCCGCGACAACGGCGAGCAGCUCAUCUCCGUCGGUUCCGGCGAGAUGCUAACCUCUACAAGCAGUUCGCCUUGCAGAACCCCAGACCCGGAAGAACCAGGGCCGUCAACCCAGUGCAGCCCUCGCCUUCAUAUACCUUCCAGAAAGUGGAAGCGGGAGGACCACGGUGGGGCCGAGGCGCUGGAUGAAAUGUCAGCGGCAGCUCAGAAGAUGGAGGAGUUGCACCAAGAGCAUUUCCACAUGUACAUGGAGGACGCCCGCCAGGCCAGGCGGCAGGAGGCCCAGUUGGUCAAGCAGAAACUGGAGCAGUCGGCUGCUGUCAACGAGGCCUUUUUCAAGGUUUUUCAUUCCGAGGUGAAGCGCGGCCAAGCGAACUGAACUGUGCCGCUUAUUUAUAACCAUCAUAGAUCCUCUACUAAUGUUUUGAUAUAUUGUGUACCCGUGCCAUAGAAGUAAGUUGUUCAAGAGGGCAAUGAAGCCCCAAAAAUAAAAGGUUCCCCUGCUGUAUGUGUUGUAAUAACUGUUGUGCUUUCUUUACACAAUGUUGGCUACCUUGUGUGUAAGACAUGACCCAAGGAAGAACCUCAUUACAUUUUGAUGCAAAGGGGCGGAACCAAGAGUCCUUGAAAGUUCGCAAUACGCGUGAGUAUCCUACCAUGUGUCACUAUUUCAACAGAACAUGAUGAAUGGUUCUCACAGGAGCUAGGUGGGCAGGUGGGGGAUGAGCGAUCAUUGGAUGCACACAAACCCGACCACAUGGAGCAAUUCUUGCACAAAACAAUGUAAAAAAAAAAAAAAAAGAGGCUUCACAACACAUCUUGAAAUAUAGCCUUUGCUGUCUGUCAGGUACCGACAUGGGAGCUGUAAGUGUGAUCUUUUGGUUUUGUUUCAGCAAAUAGCUUAACCGAGCAGAACGUGGCUGUUAACGUGUGAGUGCAAUGUAAUGCACUUUAGUUCACACUGCUAUGCUGGUGUCGCUA